AUGAAGAAAAUUCCAAUUCUCCUGGAAGCAGCAUGUUCCGAGCUGUUGGAAGAAUGCAUCCAUAGGGAAGGGAGCAUGGGCGCAGGUCUCUCUAAUGACCCGGAGGACGAGUUGUCAAUUCUCAUGGAAGAUGCUUCAAUGCCCAUCGCGAUCAUUGGCAUGGGAUUCCGUGGGCCUGGAGAUGCGACUAACUGCAAUAGGUUAUGGCAAAUGAUAUUUGAACAGCGAGAAGCAUGGUCACAGAUUCCGGAGCAACGGUGGAGCAACAACGCAUUCUAUCAUCCUGAUCAUGCACGGCAUGGAACAAUCAAUGUUGAGGGAGGCCACUUCAUAGAAGAGGAUAUCUCUCUGUUUGACGCUCCAUUCUUUAAUAUGACAAGCGACGAAGCCGCGGCUAUGGAUCCACAGCAGCGAUUAUUGUUGGAAGUCACCUACGAAGGAUUAGAAAAUGCUGGUAUUCCUCUUACUCGGGUCGCGGGCACGCAAACCGCGUGUUUCGUCGGGUCGUUUUCUGCCGAUUAUACUGACCUCCUCCUUCGCGAUCCGGAAUGCGUACCGAUGUACCAGUGCACAAAUGCUGGUCAGUCGCGUGCCAUGAUGGCCAACCGGGUUUCAUAUUUCUUUGACCUGAAGGGUUCUAGCGUCACAGUAGAUACCGCUUGUUCUGGUAGCUUGGUGGCAUUGCAUCUGGCCUGCCAAAGUCUCCAAACAAGAAAUGCAACAAUGGCAAUUGCUGCUGGUGUCAAUUUGAUUCUCAGUCAUGAAUUCAUGUCCACAAUGAGUAUGAUGAGGUUUCUCUCCCCAGAUGGACGCUGUCAUACAUUUGACGAGGCGGCCAAUGGAUAUGCUCGAGGGGAAGCCAUAGAUUGUCUCAUUCUCAAACCACUAGCCGACGCAUUACAAAACGGCGAUACGAUACGAGCGGUCAUCAGAGGAACAGGUUCAAAUCAGGAUGGACGCACUCCAGGAAUCACUCUUCCUAGUGGAAGUUCCCAAGAAGCACUGAUCCGAGAUGUGUACAAUCGAGCUGGUCUGUGUCCUAGUGAGACAGACGUUGUUGAAGCACACGGCACAGGGACACAAGCUGGAGAUCCGGUAGAGAUUGGUGCCAUUGCUAGAGUCUUUGGACCCGGUCGCUCUGUUGACAAGCCAUUGCGAAUAGGUUCGAUCAAAACAAAUGUUGGGCACCUCGAAGGUGCAAGUGGAGUGGCAGGGGUAAUUAAAGCCGUUAUGAUGUUGGAGAAUCGUGUGAUUUUACCUAGUCGAAACUUCGAGAACCCAAAUCCGCACAUUCCCAUGGAAGAAUGGAAUUUGAAAGUAUUAUUUUCCUUGAACGGCCUCCUUCAGUAUUUUUAUUACUUACGCACAGGACUAGGUUCCGUUACUACCUGA